UUUUUCCCGUAUGGUAACAUUAAAACAAGCAAAGAAUGCCGAGUCAUACGAAAAAACAAAAUUAACUUGAGGAAACAGGAAUAAUUGCAAAUUAAAGCGCAACAAAGCACACAUCAAACAAAAUGACGGUUACGAAUCGGAUGGAAAUCGAGUCGGCCUACCAAAAAGGUGAGGGAUUCCGGUCCUACUACAUCCAGAAGAUCGAAGAACUGCAGUUGGUUGUGGCCGAGAAGCACCAGAAUCUGAGGCGUUUGCAGGCCCAGCGCAAUGAGCUUAAUGCUAAAGUUCGUAUGUUGCGGGAAGAGCUUCAGCUGCUUCAAGAACAAGGCAGCUAUGUAGGCGAGGUUGUGAAGCCCAUGGACAAGAAGAAGGUGCUUGUCAAAGUGCAUCCCGAGGGCAAAUUCGUCGUUGAUCUGGACAAAAACAUCGACAUCAACGAUGUCACUCCCAAUUGCCGUGUGGCCCUGCGAAAUGAGAGCUAUACUCUGCACAAGAUUCUGCCCAAUAAAGUGGACCCACUAGUGUCGCUGAUGAUGGUCGAAAAAGUACCCGAUUCCACAUACGAAAUGGUUGGUGGCCUCGACAAACAAAUCAAAGAGAUUAAGGAGGUGAUUGAGUUGCCCGUAAAGCACCCUGAGCUGUUUGAUGCUUUGGGUAUCGCCCAGCCUAAAGGAGUGCUACUUUACGGACCUCCUGGUACGGGAAAGACCCUACUGGCCAGGGCCGUUGCCCAUCACACCGAGUGCACCUUCAUCCGUGUCUCCGGAUCAGAGCUGGUCCAGAAAUUCAUCGGCGAGGGUUCGCGAAUGGUGCGAGAGCUCUUUGUGAUGGCCCGCGAGCAUGCGCCUUCUAUUAUCUUCAUGGACGAAAUCGAUUCAAUUGGCUCAUCGCGUAUUGAAUCGGGAUCAGGUGGCGAUUCUGAGGUGCAGCGUACUAUGCUGGAGUUGCUUAACCAGCUGGAUGGUUUUGAGGCCACCAAAAACAUCAAGGUGAUCAUGGCCACCAAUCGCAUUGACAUCUUGGAUCCCGCUCUUUUGCGUCCCGGCCGCAUUGAUCGCAAAAUCGAGUUCCCUCCACCAAACGAGGAAGCACGUCUGGAUAUCUUGAAAAUUCACUCCCGUAAGAUGAACUUGACACGUGGAAUUAAUUUGCGCAAGAUCGCCGAGCUGAUGCCUGGUGCAUCAGGUGCGGAAGUCAAGGGUGUUUGUACGGAGGCUGGCAUGUAUGCGCUGCGCGAGCGUCGUGUCCAUGUCACCCAGGAGGACUUUGAAAUGGCAGUGGCCAAGGUGAUGCAGAAGGACUCAGAAAAGAACAUGUCUAUCAAAAAGCUGUGGAAGUAGGGGUGACCAGCCACUUCGAACGUAAAAUUUACUUCAUUAUCAAUAAAUUCAUUAAAUAGUAUCAUAAA